AUUUCAGGGACUUCCUUUUACGAGUAUGGCAGCACUGGAAACGUCAGUCUUCAAUGAAAACAAAAGUUAAAAACGCAAGUUUUUACUUACAGGGUACAUUAUUAUUAUGUUCUCGCCACAGUGAGUGCAACAUACUUCUCAGUCUUAGUGCAUUUAAAAGCGUUAUUACUUCUUCUUGCAUCACCUACUUUGAAAGGCUUAAUAGAUCUGUACACAUACAGAUCUAUACAAGAUGGAAGUGGAUGAGUAUUCAGAGGCUACAGACGAGUUUAAGGCAAGACCUUACCAAGCCCAACUCGAAGAAAUUGCUGUCAAAAACAAUACAAUUAUUUAUUUACCAACAGGUUCUGGUAAGACAUAUAUUGCAGUUUGUCUCAUUAAAAGAUUCCGUCAAGCAUUACUAAAGCCAUGGGGCCAAGGAGGGAAGCGGACUUUCUUUUUGGUCAACACUGUACCAUUAGUAAAUCAACAGAAAAAGGUAAUAGAACAUCGAUGUGCUGUCACUGUUGGCGGUUACAGUAGUGAAGAUGGGGUAGAUUACUGGGACAAAGCUAAAUGGGACUCUGAACUAGAAAAGAAUGAGGUUAUUGUUAUGACCAGCCAGAUUCUAUGCGACAUGUUGACCCACCAAUAUAUAAAGAUCGAUGACAUAAACUUUUUAAUAUUCGACGAAUGUCACCACGCUGUCGUCGAUCACCCCAUGCGGAUCAUCAUGAAACAUUUCGAGAAUUGUCCAAAAGACGCGCAACCUCGUGUUCUAGGUUUGACAGCGACCCUUUUAAAUGCAAAUGUAAAAACGUCGAGAGUGGAACACACACUCCACGAGUUAGAGAUUACAUUCCACGCAAAGAUUGCCACAGUCGAUGAGCUGGGACAAGUUUUAGACUACUCGACAAAUCCGAAUGAAAUGGUGCAGUUCUACCGAAGCCUGGCCCCGUCAACAGUAUCCAACGAUGUUGUGACUAAGCUGACGAAACUGCAGCAACUUAUUAGUGAUAUAAAAUUACCUAGCUCGAAACCGAAUCACCGUCAGCAAUUGAAAGAGGGCCAGAAAGAAUUCUCCUCCGACCCGGCUAAGAUUGUGAAAGCGGUGAAAAAUAUGAUAUCGGCAAUGAUCAUGUUCUUAGAAGAAUUAGGUCUUUACGGCGGUUCUUUGGGUAUAUUGGCGUACGUAAUAUUAUUGGAACGCUUAAAACGAAAAGCUGUAACUAAAGAAGAGGAGCUCCUGUAUAAAGUCGCUAUUACAUAUUGUGUAGACGCACGCGCCUUGUUGACAGCUGCAAUGAAAUCGGAAACGGGAUACGCGAAAAUAACAAAACAUUCAUCAGAAAAAGUAUUACUUAUGUUGAAUAUACUGAAAGAAUACAAUCCAGCCGCAAAGGAAACUCCCGGAGGUCUACUAAAAGCGAAUAAAAAAAGGCAGCUAUCAGCCAUAAUAUUUACAAAACAAAGGUUUACAGCGAAAGUUUUAUACAAUCUUUUAAAAGAUGUGAAAGAGGCGAAUCCUGAGGAGUUUGGUUUUCUGAAACACGAUUUCGUUGUUGGCUUUAAUGUCAACCCAAUGAAGAAUACGAGAGAAGAGUACUAUGUCAAGAAAUGUAGCCAUAAAGCAUUACUGAAGUUUAAGAACAAUGACUUGAACUGUUUGAUAUCGACGAGCGUUAUAGAAGAAGGCAUAGACAUACCACAAUGUCUACUAGUAGUGCGCUUCGACCCGCCUCUAGAGUACCGGUCAUACGUACAGAGUAAAGGUCGAGCGAGAAGUAGCGACUCAACCUUCGUUAUAUUAGUAAAUAUAGAAGAUAAAAAUAAAUUCAUGAGAAGCUACGAGGAGUUCCGGUAUACAGAGCGUUUGAUACAAAGGAUACUUGUUGGGAACUGUGACGAUCGUAUCGAACCGACUACAGACGACAUUGAUCGGCAACUGUAUAAGGACGAAGAUGUGCCGCCUUUUGUUACACCGCAUGGGGCUCGUUUGUCUGCAGUUUCGGCAAUAAGUUUACUGAAUAGAUAUUGCUCAGUACUACCACACGAUCAGUUCACUGUUAUUACACCGAUGUGGAUUCAAGAAAACGUCACAGGCAAUGACGGUGUUAUUCGAAAACUUGUCACGAUUGUAAUGCCCAUCGCUUGUCCUAUCAAAGAAGAAAUAAAGGGAUUGCCUUUAUCCAGCUUGAAGGCCGCAAAGAGAUCUGCUGCACUUAACGCUUGCAAGUUGUUGUAUGAAGCAGGAGAACUCGAUGCUCUAACCCUACUGCCUGUCCGAUACACUGCGGUGAAUUUCGACGACGUUGAAGUAAAAACUUGCUUCCUAAAUUGGCGCGAUGACGAUGCGGUGCGCGACGACCCUGAGAUACCCCAUCCAGGAACAAAGAAACGAGUCAGGAAACACAGAAUACAGUUCCCAAUGCUUCUGAACGUCGUACUGGAUGGCGAAGUUUACUAUCUUCACAUUAUAAAAUCAAGGAUUGCGUUCGCGGAACCCAAGGAUACGCGAGAAAAUGCUCUGUAUAAACUUCUGCAACGUGGUGAGGGGUAUGGUUUCCUCACCCAUAACCCUUUGCCCACACUGUGCGAAUUUCCAAUGUUCAUGACAGUCGGAGAGAUCGCGACUUCCAUUGAAGUCAAUUACGCUGUCAUCAAACUCAAUGACGCUAUGUUCGAGUUGGUUAAACAAUUCCAUUAUUUCCUAUUCGAGCAAGUACUAGCAAUUGCAAAAAAGUUCAUAGCGUUUGAGGGCGAAGUUAAUUGUAUGUACGUUGUACCCGUGAAAGAAAAUAAUGGUUACGAUAUAGAUUGGAAUGUGAUGACCACACAUGAUGAAAUAGCACCAGUCCAACCAACUUCUUAUGAGGAAAGACUUAAUAUAAAUGUAACACCAGAGAAUUACAAGGACUGUGUGGUGACGCCGUGGUAUAGGGUUCUACCGGAUAGGUACAUAGUAUCUCGCGUCCUCGAAUACAUGACGCCGCAGUCACAAUUCGACUCGGAUUCAUAUUUAACGUUCGCCGAUUAUUAUGCUGACAAAUAUAAGUUAGAAGUUAUCGGUGAAAAGUCGCAGCCUUUACUAGAAGUAAAAAAUAUAAGUUCAAGGAUGAACUGUUUACUGCCUAGAGCGGCUACAAUAAACGCCUUGACGGACAAACAGAAGAAGCUCGUGUCUGCUUCUCAAGGCGACGAUAAAACAAAUAGAGGCUUCGCAGAAGUAUUUGUAGCUGAAUUCUGUGUCAAAUACGAAUACCCAGGAGUUUUGUGGUACAAAGCUAUCAUGCUACCCAGCAUUAUACACAGAGUCUUCAUGUUAUUGGUAUCACACGAACUACUCUCGGAAAUUGCGGAUGACACAGGAUAUGGUACUCCAGUACGCAAAAAUACUCAAGAUUGGCUUCCAAUUGAAACUCACAUUCAGAUUGCUACUAAUUCCCUGCUAGCUCAAGUUGAGGAACCAACUACGGUCGCUUCGUUUGAUAGGAUAAACAAUCCUGUAGACGAUGAAAGCGGAAGACGUCCGAACAUACUUUCUAUGAAGGAGAGCUUAUACCAUUUGCAACAGAAAAGACUGAACAAAGACUUUCCCUGGGAUGAUAAAAUGGAGCCAAUAGAUAUAGACCGAAAUCUAUCGAAUGUGACGGUGAUGGAUGUGGAGUGUUACGACGAGUUCGUGUCAGCGCCAUUAAUAACCACUUCGCAUUACGACGUGCGACCUCCUGCUCAAACUGUGUUCCGUUCCGCCGCUAUAUCUGCUGCACCAGCUGCAUACAACGAUGAGAUUAAGAUCCUCAAAACGAAGACAAAGGGCACAAGUCCUGAGCUUCGAGACAUACUAGCAGCGUUAACAACAAUCAAGUCUCAUGACACAUUCAAUUUGGAACGAGCGGAGACUUUGGGAGACGCCUUCCUGAAAUUUGCAGCCAGCCUCUACCUAUACCACAAGUUCCCAACCCUCAAUGAAGGACAAUUAACAAAUAUAAAGGGCCGAUUGAUAAGUAACAGAAACCUUUACUAUGCUGGAGAACGGUUCAAUCUAGCUGGAAGGAUGAAGAUAGAACAAUUUAGUCCAAAAAAGGAUUUUAUGGUGCCUGGCUUCUUCGCGCCACGAGAAAUUGAAGAAUUUAUUGAAGAAAAACAGAUCCGUCCAAUAUUCCUGAUUGGCGUACAAUUCCCAAGGGACGAACUGCUCGAUGGUGAAUUGUCAGAAGAAAGUUUGAAGAUGGUGAGGGAAAGAUAUACAAUGGAAGGUACUUCAGAGGUUGAACCACCAGAAAAAGUUCAGAAUGCUAUGCAACUGUACGUGCAUUCACAAGCUGUCUCGGAUAAGUCGGUGGCCGAUUGCGUGGAAGCGCUCAUUGGUACCUAUCUAUUAAGCGGUGGAGUAUUAGGUGCUAUCAAAGUGAUUGAGUGGAUGCAGAUCAUACCUCCACAGGACAAAUUUGCGGCAUAUUUACACAGGCGUGUGUCGACUGCUAUAUCAGAAAAAAAGACUACUCCAGAAGAUGUCAACUUCUUGCUAAACUACUCUAGAAAUGAUGUGGAGACGAUCUUGAAAUAUAAGUUCAAUGACCCAACCUUCUUACUGGAGGCUCUGUCCCACGCUUCUUACAUUCGCAAUAGAGUGACACGGUCGUACGAACGUCUAGAGUUUUUAGGCGAUGCGAUAUUGGACUUCCUAAUAACGUCGCAUAUAUUCGAGAACUGCAGGGAAUUGAAACCUGGUGAGAUGACGGACCUACGAUCAGCACUCGUUAAUAAUGUUACCUUCGCAUCUUAUGUCGUAAAGCUUGGAUUACACAAAUUUUUAUGUUCCGAGCUGAAUCCGACGUUAGAUAAAGCAAUCAUCUUAUUUGUGGAGCAUCAAGUGCAGAGAAACCAUGAGAUCGUUGAAGACGUCCUUUAUUUAAUAGACGAAGAGGAAUGUCCCAUUGCUCAAUACGUUGAAGUUCCUAAGGUCCUCAGUGACAUCUUAGAAGCUCUAGUCGGUGCGAUCUUCCUGGACAGCGGCGGUGACCUCACAAAAGUGUGGUCUGUCGUAUACCGCAUUAUGCACAACGAAAUACAUGCAUUCUCCAAUCGUAUUCCGCAGCAACCUGUCAAAGUUUUGUACGAGAAAAUUCACGCUUGUCCUGUUUUUAAGAAAGCAGAAGUUAUCGAUCGAGAGGUACCAACGAUAAAAGUUGGCGUUACAUUCACAAAGAAUGAUGCUCAACACACCGUUUAUGGCAUCGGUCACAACAAGUCUCAAGCAAAGCGGGCUGCUGCGAAAAUGGCCCUUAAAGUCUUGAGCUUUUAAAAUUUAUUUUUUUACAUCAUAUCUACUCUUUUAUGUAAUUAUUUUUUAUUAAGUUAGUCUCAUGCGACAUUCGCCCAUAUCA